AGCGGCGCUGUGGCGGUUGCAGUACCGACGCUUGCCUGAUGUGGGCGCCGCUGAGCCGCGCGGCCUCGGGUCUUUUUGUCUGAACUGGAUCCCUCUGCCGCUUCACAGUGUGCGCGAUUAAACCGGAGCCGCGUCCGUCCCGCACUGUCAAAAAACCCACUCCAAACCCCAACGCAGGCGCAGCCGGUACCGUUGUUUUCCCGUGCAGCCAUGAGCGGUGCAGCGCUGCCGUUGGACUGAGCUCGCUCGGGUUCGCGGGCUGCUCGUGCUGCCGUUGGAGCGGGUUUCUCCACUCUCAUCCUCCGUCGUUUCUUUAACUUUUCAAACACGCAGCCGCGCCGGAGCGGAGCGGACCGGAGCAUGGGAUCCCCGGACUCUUAGGAACCGAAUCUGAGCUGGGAGUUUGACCGAAUUUCAGCGAAACGAUGGCGAACUCGACGGGGAAAAACCUCCCCGAGCAGCGGAGGAAAGGACAGGCUUUCCUGGACGAGCUGCGGCAGUUUCACCACAGCAGAGGAUCUCCGUUUAAAAAGGUUCCCGUGGUGGGUGGGAAGGAGCUGGACCUGGGCGCUCUGUAUAUGAGAGUGGUGUCUUUAGGGGGCUUCGCGAAGGUGUCCGACAAGAACCAGUGGGGCGAACUGAGCGAGGAUUUCAAUUUCCCCAGAUGUUGCUCGAAUGCUGCUUUUGUUUUGAAACAGUACUACCUUCGCUAUCUAGAGAAGUAUGAAAAGGUGCAUCACUUCGGAGAGGAAGAUGAAGAAGAGCAGCCGGGGAAUCCUAAACAUUUGCUUCCGAUUGGUGCAAUACCCACGUCAUACAACUACCAGCAACACACUGUAUCAGACUAUCUCCGCCAAAGCUAUGGGCUGUCGAUGGAUUUUGUCCCUCCAUCCGAUUACAACAAACUGGUGCUGUCUCUCCUGUCUGGGCUCCCGAACGAGGUGGACUUCGCCAUUAACGUGUGCACGCUCCUGUCCAACGAGAGCAAGCACGCCAUGCAGCUAGAAAAAGAGCCCAAACUCGUCACACUGCUGCUGGCACACACGGGAGUCUUCGACGACUCAUUAGGCAGCUUUUCUGCUCUAUUUGGGACAGACUGGCAGGAGAAAACGUCACGAGACUUUGUGAGGUUUUGGAAAGAUGUCAUUGAAGACAAUGAAGUGAAAGAUCUCAUCUCAGACAAGAGCUGCACACCCCAAAACGGAUUGGAGAUGAGGGACGUCUGCACUCCUCUCUUCCACCCGACACGUGCCGUAGGCAUCGGAGACGUCGAGGGCCAGCGGGUGUUGCAGGUGGCAAUGAUUCUGAGGAACUUGUCCUUCGAGGAGGCCAACAUCAAACUCCUGGCAGCUAAUCGCACAUGUCUGCGCUUCCUCUUACUGUGUGCGCACUGUUCCUUCGUCCAGCUGCGGCAGCUGGGUCUCGACACGCUCGGCAACGUCGCCGGAGAGCUUCAGCUGGAUCCAGUUGAUUUCCGAACAACGCAUCUGAUGUUUCACACCAUCACAAAGUGUUUGUUGUCACGGGAUCUUUUUCUCAAAAUGAGGGCCAUGGAAAUUCUCGGGAACCUGAGCAAAGUGGAGGAUAACGGCGUUCUGAUCUGUGAGUAUGUGGAUCAGGAGUCGUACCGAGAAGUCAUCGCCCUCCUGACGCUGCCGGACAUCAUGCUGGUCAUCUCCGCGCUCGAGGUCCUGUACCAGCUGGCCGAGCUUGGGGAGAUCACGUGCUCUAAGAUCUCCUCUGUGGAGAGAAGCAUAGAUCUUCUAGUGCGGUUGGUGUCAGUGGACCUGCACACUUUCGGACCAGACGCCCUUACGGCAGUAAAACUCAUCGAGCAUCAGGCCUCGAGCAGUCAGGCCUCAGAGGUUCGGCCGCAGCUUGUCGAGCACAUUUCCCCGCUUACACAAGGCACUCCUGGCGCUGUGAACAGGGCGCCUGUGCAGUCUACACCUCCACCUGGGAUUGUGGAAGUAGAUGGAGAGAAAUUCACAACUCAGUGGCUAAAUGCUCAUUUUGAGGUUCAUCCAGAUGGUUCGGUCUCUCGCUCUGAGAUGUACUCUGAAUAUCUGGCGACCUGCAGCAAGAUGGCAAGGGGUGGCGUGUUAACGUCCAAUAACUUCUACAAAUGCCUGAGGACGCUGUUUCCUAAUCACACGGUGAAGCGUGUGGAGGACACACGGCUGAAUGGACAGGCUCAAAUCCAUGUGGUUGGUGUGCGGAAGAGGCCGAUUCCUCUUCCCGUACAGCUUUAUUAUCAGCAGCAGCAGCAGGCCAUUCCUGCCCCAGUUCCCAAACACGAAGCUCCUCUAGAAACCCCUCAGCUCCAGUCAGCGCUGUCUCCUGGUGUGGGAGGGCAGCUUGUCCGGACACCAGCACCAAGCCUUACUGCCGGCCAGGCAGCACCACAGGUGGCCUUGACCAUGCAUGGAACUUCGCACACCAACGCUCCCAGUGCUCCUGCUCCAGCCCCAACUGUUCCACGACUCCCCAUGAACCCGCCAGGACAAGCUGCACUUCCUUCUCCAUGCCCUCCCGCCACCGCCCCAGUUCCCAUACAACCCAAUGACAUUCUCAAAACGGCCAUGAUCCAGAGCUCCAUCCCCACGGCAACCUCUGCACCUGUUGUUCCCAACCACAGCGGCUUGCCUACCCAGCAGCCCUUGCUCCAUCAUGCUCCCGUUACACUGAUCCAACAGGGGCCGAUGCCCCAGGGACACGUUUUUACAGGUCGAGUGCAAGGUGUUUGUCCUUCGGUGGCCCAGCAGCACCUGCAAACCCCUCAGGGACAGCAAGGUGCCCCUUCCCAAGAGUCUGUAAUGCUCGCGCCGCCUCAGUAUGUCAGUGCACCUUGCACUUCGCUGAUGGCAGGAGGGCAGGUCGUGACUGUCUCAGGCGUGACUAGCAACCGCAUCGCGUUUCAAAAUAUCGCCCCAAAACCUGCAUCGCAGUCGUCACAACCUCAACAACCCCAACAGCAAAGCUUAGUCAUCGUCAGUCAGAAUCAACAAUCCAACACCGCAUUCGCCCCAGCCAUCCAUCAAAUCAUACUGACCAACCCCAGUCCUCAAACCAUCCAGCCACAGUCCACUCAGUCUCCCACUUCCCCAAAUGCACCAAUCACUAACCCCGCCCCCAUGCAGCAAGCCCCGCCCAACACAGUCAGCCACAUGCUGUCCGUCAAGCGGCAGUUUCAGCAGACUCCGCCCCCUCCUCCACCCCCAGCCCAACCUACCUCCACAGAAUCCAGUCUGAUCAAACAGUUACUGCUUCCGAAACGUGGUCCUUCUACCCCAGGUGGAAAACUCAUACUCCCUGCUCCGCAAGUUCCCGCUCCUGCAAGCACCAGGGCGCCAAGCCCGCAAGUCGUAUACCAGGUGACCAACAGCGGUCCAGUGGUGUCUCAACCACAGUUGAACGUGCAACUUAUGCAGAGCCCCUUGCAGGCGACCGGUGCCGUUCCCAUCUCCAUCCUCCCAGGGCAGAUCAUCUCCACCUCCACCCCUGGCACCCUUCUGCAGGCUUCACCCAGCAACCAAGUUACCUUCACAGUAGUGCCAAACUCUGGCUUCCCUGGCCAGGGAGCGCAAACCCCGCCCACAAUCGGCCUGCAGUUGACUCCGCCUCUGCCAAUUGCGGGAGCCACGCCCAUUCCACCUUUCCGAGGUGACAGAAUCAUCUGCCAAAAGGAGGAGGAGGCCAAGGACACCACGGGGCUCCACGUCCACGAACGCAAGAUCGAGGUCAUGGAGAACAACUCCGUCACCGAUGGUUCGGCCAAAGCCAGUAAUGGUGAAUCCGCAGAGGUGGAUGGACCUGCGGCAAAGCUGCUCAAUGGGAGGAAGUUUGACAUGAGUCUACCUCCAUACCACUCAGGGAACAGCCAAGGAGAGGCCCUAAAUGGCCCUGUGGCGCAAGGCGGCGACAGCGGCGUCCCUGGGAAGCAGACACCCUCUGACCCUAAAAAGCUAAUGGUGAAUGGGGUGUGCGACUUCGAUCGAUCAGACGUCACCCAUCCGAGCAAAAACAUUCCAAAUCACAAGGCUUCCAAACACAUGGGGAACGGCGAGGUGUUGUCGCCUCAGAAAGCGCACGGGGCUUUGGGUCUCACGGACUCUCUUGCUGCUCCUCAGCAGGACACUGCCAAAGCAGAGCAGGCCGAACGCUUGGCCAACGGGCCCAGCCACGGUGCGGAGAUCUCCAAUGGCCCCAACUCAGAGACAUUGGGCCUAAGGCAACAGCAUCCACCUCAUAACCACUCCCCACCUCCGCCUGUUUCCGAGCCUCCGCCACCUCCUCCUCCCGCUAACGGAACUUUGGAGAGCCGGCCGUUGAAGAGACCGCUGGAGGACGGGGACAGAGGUAGCUCUGGAAUCCCCACAAAAAUGGGCGUACGCAUAGUGACUAUCAGCGACCCUAACAAUGCAGGUAACUGUGCCACCAUGGUGGCCGUGCCGGCGGGCGCAGACCCAAGCACAGUAACAAAAGUAGCAAUAGAGAAUGCAGCGCAGCAGAGACCAAGUGUGCCCUCGCCGCUUCCUGAAACCAAUGCUCAGCAGCCGAUGUCAGUGCAGACUCCGCCUCCAGUGGAUCCGACUGUACAGGGAACCAAUCAGAGUUCUCCAGCACCCGCCCUCUCUCCAGAUCAAGCUCGUAAACCUGGACAGAACUUCAGAUGUCAGUGGCAGGCAUGCAAACGGUGGUUUGACACGCCAUCAAAGGUGUUUUACCAUGCAGCUACCUGUCAUGGCAGUAAAGAUGCGUACCCAGGGCAGUGCCAAUGGGAGGGCUGUGAACCUUUUCCUCGCCAGAGACUAUCCUUCAUCACACACCUCCAGGAUAAGCACUGCUCGAGGGAAGCGCUCUUGGCUGCACUCAAACUGGAGGAGCAAACGCAAGGCAGCAAGCCCAACACUUCCAAGUCUCCUCCAGCGGCGGUCAGCAGUCCUCCACUUCCUUCCAGACCACAGAAAGCGCUCGUCAACCACCCCAGUGCAGCUCUGAUGGCGUUACGCAGGGGCUCGCGAAACCUGGUGUUCAGGGACUUCACAGAUGAUAAAGAGGGACCAAUGACCAAACACAUUAGACUAACUGCUGCCUUAACGUUAAAGAGCAUCGCCAAGUACUCGGAUUGUGGACGGAAGUUGGUCAGGCGGCAUGAAAAUCAUCUCUCUGUGCUGGCGCUGAGCACUAUGGAAGUCUCCACCACGCUCGCCAAAUGCCUUUACGAACUCACGCGCUCUCUGCAGACCUGAGCUCAGCUCAACCCAAAAACCUUCAGAAGGAGACGAGAAGCCCAUUUCCCCAUUCUGCUGCCACACAGGUCGCCAGCGUCGUUGGGUCGUCUCCCUAAACCCCCCACCCACCCAUACACACACACACCCUUCUCUCUCUCUCUCUCUCUCUCUCUCUCUCUCUCUCCAUUCCACCCAGUCCCUCUCCUCCACCUCCCUCACAAACUGCCACGGGUCUUCCACCAGCCACUCAGAAACCAGCGCCUAUCUCCCUCUUCUGACCCCCUCUUCACGCCUGGCCCAACGAGCACAUUUUUAUAGUUCCCGGAGGAGCGUGGGGGGGAUUCUGUGGGCGGGGCAAGUGUGGCAGAGGUGUGGCUAGAUUUAGUUUUUUCUUUACAACUUGAUAGCUUGGUUUUCUUACUUGAGCCGAUUAUAUUUUCACUUAUUUAUUAUUGAAAUAAAUACCAAUAUGAGUAAAUGAAAAGAAAAAAAAAUUGUGUAAAUAUUUGUGAAUAGAUAUAAAGUUAAAUCUCCCUCCUUCAUGCCGCUGCUGCCCGCUGGUAUCAGAAGCAUUACGUUAGUAGGUUCAGACUUGUUUGAGAUGUGAUUCUAUACUCAGCAGUGGAUGAAUGUACUUAAACCCUGUAAAUAUUCUGCAAAGGUACUGAUGCUGUAAAGUUUUGGGAGGGCUGGCGGAGGGCUACAGGUUUUUUUUUUUUGUGGAACUGUGAUUGUUUUUUUUGUUUUUCUCCCCUUUUUUGUACUGUUAUAACUUGUAGAACUCAUUUUGCUGGCUGAAAGAGUAUGAAAUAAUAUAUCAUAUGUCAUUUUGUAGAAGAGACAAACAUAUUGAAGGUAUUCCCCUCAACCUGUAUUCACUGUAAGCGUCGGAGUACGAGCCCGACCGCGCGUACGUGAUUCUUUUUGUAUUUGUAAAUUGGUUUAAAUACAUGGAGUUUUAUACAGGUUUUCUCCUGUGUUAUUUGCUUUCCGUGCAGGUAUGAUAUUUUCCUCCAGACCUUUUUUCUAUCUUAAUAUAGUGUGGGAUUUUAUUGUACUAUUUUGGGUUUUCCAUAUAUAUUUUUUUUUUCAUCCAUUCUUACGAUCACGCCACAUUCCGGCUCCCGGACCCCAGGCUGUCCUCUCUGCUGUGUGUUGUGUAACAUUUAUUAUUGCCUGUUGUGUUAGCAUCCCAGCGGGGUCACGGCCCCUUCCCCUCCCACCCCCUCACCAUUUCUGCAGUGUCUGUAGGGUGUGCGAUGAUGCAUAUAUCUAACAGUCUGAUAUAGAUUGGCUUCAUUUACUUUGGUGACUGUUUAUAGUUUUUAAAUAAAAGACUGAACAUUUUUGACA